CUUCACGACAGUGUGGCUGCGCGUGUGAUUUGAGGAACAGGCGCUGAGAUGUGUGGUAUCUGGGCUUUGUUUGGCAGUGAUGAGUGCCUGUCAGUUCAGUGCACUAGCGCCAUGAAGAUUGCCCACAGGGGCCCCGACGCCUUCCGCUUCGAGAACGUCAAUGGCUUCACCAACUGCUGCUUCGGCUUCCACCGGCUGGCCAUUGUGGACCAGCUGUACGGCAUGCAGCCCCUACGGAUCAAGAAGUUUCCCUUCUUGUGGCUCUGCUACAACGGAGAAAUUUACAACCAUCACGCGCUGAGGAAGCAGUUUGAGUUCGAUUACCAGACUAAAGUGGACGGGGAGGUCUUGCUGCACCUGUAUGACCGCUUUGGCAUUCAGAAGAUGGCGUCUCUCCUGGAUGGUGUGUUUGCUUUCGUCCUGCUGGACACCGCCAACAGAAAAGUCUUCUUGGGAAGGGACACGUACGGAGUCCGGCCUCUUUUCAAGCUCCUCACAGACGAUGGAUUCCUUGCAGUCUGCUCAGAGGCCAAAGGCCUCACAGACAUUACCCAUGCGGCGGCCACCCCAGCCAACAUUAUCCCUUUUCUCCCGGGGCACUUUGAGGCCUUUGAUUUGAAUCUGAAUGGCAAAGUUCAGUCUAUUCAAAUGGAGCAGUUCCACCGCUGCACACAGGAGCCUGCUCACGCCACCUGCAACCCUUUGGAGAUACUACCUACAAAGUUUGAUGAGGAAACGGUGAAAAGCAACAUCAGAACGCUGUUUGAGAGCGCUGUGAGGAAGCGUCUGAUGGCUCACAGGAGAAUCGGUUGUCUUCUGUCAGGGGGUCUGGACUCGAGUUUGGUCGCUGCUACGCUGGUGAAACUGGCCAAAGAGGAGAAGCUGCAGUAUCCCAUCCAGACGUUUUCGAUCGGGUCAGAGGACAGUCCAGACGUCAUCGCUGCUCGCAAGGUUGCUGCUCACAUUGGAAGCGAACACCACGAGGUCAACUUCACCGCAGAAGAAGGCAUCCAGGUGGUAGACGACGUCAUCUUCCACCUGGAGACCUACGACAUCACCACCAUACGUGCCUCUGUGGGGAUGUACCUGAUUUCAAAGUACAUCAGGGAGAAGACAGACAGCGUGGUGAUCUUCUCUGGAGAGGGAUCUGAUGAGCUGACUCAGGGAUACAUUUACUUCCACAAGGCUCCAACCCCCAAAGCAGCGGCAGAGGACAGCGUUCGGCUGAUGGAGGAGCUCUACCUGUUCGACGUCCUCCGAGCCGAUCGCACCACUGCUGCACACGGCCUGGAGCUCCGAGUGCCUUUCCUGGACCACAGAUUCACAGCGUACUACCUCUCCCUGCCUGAGGACAUGAGGAUUCCUAAGAAUGGAGUGGAGAAGCACCUCCUGAGAGAUUCCUUCAAAGGACUCAACCUGAUCCCUGAUGAGAUCCUGUGGAGGCGUAAAGAAGCCUUCAGCGAUGGUAUGAUGUCAUUGAAGAAGUCCUGGUACACCUGCCUGCAGGAGCACCUCGAAUCUAUGGUGAACGACGACCAGAUGGAGAAGGCUCACAAGACGUUCCCUCACAACCCUCCGAGCACCAAAGAGGCCUACUACUACAGACAGGUGUUCGAGAAGCACUAUCCGGGCCGGGCCAAGUGGCUCUCCCAUUACUGGAUGCCGCGCUGGAUCAACGCCAGCGACCCCUCGGCCCGGACCCUGUCCAUCUACAAACCCGAUAAAGACCAGUGAUUGGCUGGAGUGUGUCAGUCAGCUGUAUGUUAGUCUUCUUUGUUGUAUACUAUAUAUGUCAUACUUAGCUUUACUUGAACUCUGAUCACAUUUAACUUAGUAGGAAUUAGUUUGCUUGACCCUUCGUGAUGUGACAGAGUUCGUCAGACUCAGAUCCAGCUUUGCGCUGUCAGACCUACUGUCUUAGGGAGUUAGGAGUUCAGCAUUGUCGUGUGUGGCAGCUUCCUUCCUCUGUUCAGCUUCAGCGCUGCUCUGCCCCGAGCUUAGCUCCCAAACUAGUUCAAAGAUCUGCUGAUUAAAAUUCAAGCAAAACUGUUUUAGUCAGACGCCCGUGAAACAGAAGCCGGAAGAAGGCGUCUGAAGCACGUCUGCUGUUUGGCAGCUUGUCAGGCGUCGACACCGCGGCAAGAUGUUAAACGUAGCAAUAACAGAUGUUGAAGCAGCUUGAUGGUCCUGAUUGACGCUGCAGUUUGUCUCGGUGCUUAAUAUUCAUUUAAUGCUCUGUUAAUGUGCUGUGCACGCAAGGAAACUAAUUUGUCCGACCUUAGUUGAAUCAUUCGACCAAUUCCAGCUCCACAGUCCACCUGUACGGCACACACACACACACACACACACACACACACACACGUUUAAGAGCUGAAGAGUUGUAGUUUCUCACCUUGGCAGGGUGGAGGUCCACUCCGUACAUGGAGAGUUUCUUGGCGUUCUCCAGGAACAUCAGGUCCGCCUGGGCCGGACUCAUUGACCUACAGCAACACCACAGCAGGAAUCCAACACACAUCAAACACUGAUUAGAUGAUCUACGUGCCAUGUGACAUUGAUUUGUGACGGCAAGCACAAAGGCCGUCUACACACAAAGGCUUUUCAGCUGUGCCAAGAACUAUUUAGUUAUCUUUUAUUAUUAUUAUUUUUUAUUAUCAUUUGGUUUUAUGAUCAAGGACACAAUAGUGAUAAUCAGGUUCUGUAUCAUCCUCUUAAAUCCAGAAGUGAACAGGUUGUUAAAGGCCUCGGAGGAGAAAACAUUUAACACAGCCCACAUAAUGUGUAAAGUUAUGGUCUGAGUGUGGGAGGGUCACAGUAUUUACAGUGUAAAUAAUGUGUGGCCUCAUAAACGAGCAUCGUGUACAGUGAUAAAUAUAUUUUAAUAACUGAUAACCGAUCCGUUCAUCUGCCCGUUUGGUGAAAGGACCUCAGUUGUUUUUAAUGUGUACGUGUCAGUUUUGGGUUAAAUGAAUUCUGCUAACACCAAAAACACUGAUGCUCCAUCGUGUUGCCUUCUUCUGUAUAUUAUGCAAUUUGUGUGAAGGACAUGUUGACAGUUUCUCUUGGUUCUCAUGGACAGAGGUGAGUCAUAUGUGAGGCCUGUCAGUAAAACUUUUCACACUUAUUAAUGUCAUCUCUGCUGCUUGUUCUUUUUUUUUUUUUUUACUGGGUAGCAAGUCUUAGGUUUGGAAUGGCUAUGCAAACAGACAGUGCGUUACAUUGGAGUGAUGAUAGGUUUUAUUCAUAUUGCUCAUUGCUUGUUUUAUGGGCUGAGAAAUGAACCAGUGAGAGUGAACUACAGUCAGCGGAUAAAGCAUUAUCUGACAAUAUACUGCAGUGCAUCAGCACUAACUACAGUCUGAGAGUCUCACACUUAACAGAGUUUGCUCUGUACUGUCACCUCUGUAGUUUUGUCCUCUCCCUGUCAGCAUCAUCAUCUGCCUCUUCUUUUCUACUAAUUGUUUCUGUUUCAUACUAAAAUAAAAAAUAAAAACAAAAUCA